AUGGAUUUCAUCUCGAGCGGCAACGGGAGCAACGCCAGCGGUGCCAGCGCGGAAUGGGACGGCAACAACACGGGCACGGGCGCCGGGUCGGGUCCAGACGUGGCGCUGAGUUACCAGAUCAUCACCUCGUUACUUCUGGCUGCGCUCAUCCUCUGCUCCAUAUUUGGUAACGCGUGCGUAAUAGCGGCCAUCGCUCUGGAAAGGUCUCUCCAGAACGUCGCCAACUACUUAAUCGGUUCCCUCGCGGUGACAGAUCUCAUGGUAUCGGUCCUGGUCUUGCCCAUGGCCGCUUUGUACCAAGUUCUAAACAAGUGGACUCUAGGCCAGGAGAUCUGUGACUUGUUUAUCUCUUUGGAUGUACUCUGCUGCACAUCGUCUAUUCUCCAUUUGUGCGCAAUAGCCCUGGACAGAUACUGGGCCAUAACAGACCCCAUAGACUACGUCAAUAAGCGCACGCCAAGACGAGCAGCGCUUCUUAUCAGUGUCACCUGGCUCGUGGGCUUCUCCAUCUCCAUCCCUCCCAUGUUAGGAUGGAGGAGCGCGGAGGACAGAGCCGACCCGGACGCGUGCAGCAUCAGCCAAGACCCCGGUUACACUAUUUACUCCACGUUUGGCGCUUUCUACAUCCCACUUAUUCUCAUGCUGGUCCUGUACGGGCGGAUAUUCAAAGCGGCCCGUUUCAGGAUCCGAAAAACGGUGAAGAAAGCCGCGAAAGUACCAGAAAAGUGCUCGUCUCUAUCGCCCGCUAUAUUCCACAAGAAAGUCAACGGCAACUGGAGGCGAGAGGACGACUCCAAGAACAGCUCCCCGUGCGUAAACGGCGCCGUGAAGCACCAAGACGAGGGGGAAUCACUGGAAAUCAUAGAAGUUAUCAGCAACUCCAAAACGCACCUGCCUCUACCCAAUACACCCCAAUCUUCGUCGUAUGAAAACAUCAACGAAAAGAACUCGGGCGCGAAGAGGAAGCUGGCGCUGGCUAGAGAGCGCAAGACAGUCAAGACACUUGGGAUAAUCAUGGGGACAUUCAUAUUUUGCUGGCUGCCAUUUUUUAUCGUGGCCCUCGUGCUGCCUUUUUGCGCCGAGAGCUGCUACAUGCCGGACUGGUUGGGGGCCGUAAUUAACUGGCUGGGUUACUCCAACUCCCUCCUGAACCCAAUCAUAUAUGCCUACUUCAACAAGGACUUCCAAAGUGCUUUCAAGAAGAUUCUUAGAUGCAAAUUCCACAGACCAUAG